GUGAAAUAAAUAAACCAUUUUUCUUUUUAUUCUGAGAUUUUGGCUUUAUAUUUGUAUCGCAGUUUAAAGUUCCAAUGCCUGUCGACGCAGAAACCUAACUUUACUUUAACUUGUCAGUGACAAGCUGACAAGUUGUGAGUGCGCAUCCCAGCGAUUGACGGAUUACGUUAUGACAAUUGAUUGAAUUUUUUAGCUUCUGUGCAUAUUUGAAUAGUAGACUCUAUGACACGUAAAUGUUAUGCUGGCAUUUUGUAGCAUACCAGAGUUUAAAAAUAAAUGUCAGAUUAUGCAAAGGAACUGCUUUACAAUCAUCUAACUUAAUACAAAGUGUAUAUUGAAAGUAUAGAUACAGCAAUAUGUUCAGAGAUACUAAAAAAGUCAUCGUGGAGGAUGGGCUUGCCCCAUCGGCAUCAUUUGUCAUAAAUAUUAGAAUGGAGGACUUGUUGGAGAAAUUAAAAUUAUUAAAUUAUGAUGCAGAAUUUGUUCAAGAAUUAAGAAUGAAACCAAUAAACAAGCACUAUUUUGUAAUCCCAACAAAUUCUGGUGAACAAUUUUAUACGUUUACUUGUCUGGCUGCAUGGUUGAUUAGAAAGGCUGGGAAAAACUUUGAAAUGCCGCAAGAAUCAGAUGAUCCUAAUUCCACAAUAGCUUCAAUUUUAGAUUUUCUCAGGGAUAUUAAUGUAUCUGUAGAAUUCCCACCCAAUAAACUUAAACAGGGUAUCGGAGAACAUGCAGUUUACGUAUUAGAUAAUUUAGCUGACAAUGCUUUAAAAAUGGAAAAAUUUGAGUGGAAAAAGGUAAACAUUCCACCUGAUGAGCCUACACCAGAACCAGAUAUUGAAGAUGAUGAAGCGGAAUUAAUUUUAGAAAAAGUCGAAGAGGAAAUGAUGGCUGAAUAUGAUGAUGAUGAUGAUCAAGAUAUUUUACACAUAGACGACAUUACGAAAUUAUAUGGUCAAAAUAUGAGUGAAACACAAAAACCAGAUAAUAUUUUACAAUCUAACACUAAUAGAGAAGAGUGGCAGUUAGAAUUGGAAAAGGUUUUACCGCGUUUAAAAGUCACUGUUAGAACAGAUUCGAGAGAUUGGAGAGCACAUCUCGAACAAAUGAAACAAUUGCGUGCAAAUAUUGCGACUGAUCUAAGUGGUACAAAGACCAGCUUAAAUAAAAUUUACUCCAAUAUCGCAAAUACGUUAGAUAAAAUUAAAACCAGAGAAACUUAUCUUAAUAAGCAACUCGAACCCUCCUUAACGGAAUAUCGUUCUUUGCAGGAUAGACUAUCAAAAGUCAAAGAACAAUAUAGAGAUGUUAGCGGUGGUGUAACUGAACGAACAAGAGUUCUUAAUAAAUUGAUGGAAGAAUUGGAACAUAUAAAAAGAGAAAUGGAUGAGAGAGGAUCUAGCAUGACUGAUGGAACGCCGCUUAUCAACAUAAAGAAGACUAUCACAAAGAUGAAGAACGAAAUUUCUGAGAUGAAUAUUCGGAUUGGCGUAUUAGAGUAUAGCUUAAUGUGCGCAAGAGUACGAGAUCGAACCCAAUUACGAGAGGACAUGAACAGUACGAGUACUUCAGUAAUAAUUUAAACCAUAUACUCUCUUUUAUAUUUAUACAUUUUAAUCCGUCUUUUAAUCCGUCCAAUAUGUGAUAUCAAACAUUUAAUCUUGAUUAUAUGUGUAGUUUUACUACACGGGUCCAAUUAUUCUACAUUUUUGAGGAAGUUAUAAUAUGUAACCAUAGAACUGAAUAUGUUACAUCGAUUGCAGUGUAAAGCAUACGCGGAUCUUUCGUUAGCACUUUAUAUAUUUAUAUAAGCUAUUACAUAGCUAGUAAUUAACAAUAUCGAGAUUACAGAGAGGGAUGGUUUCAAUUGAAUUUCGUUUAUGUUAAAUAAAUCACGUGUUUACAUUAUA